GCCUGCUGCGCUCGGCAGCCCGGCAAGUGUGGCUGCAGGCGCCUGUCGCCACUGCUGUCCCGGGGCUGAGUGGCAUCCAGGUGCCCAGGACCGUGCGUGCUCCAGCGCGUGCGUUACCGAGGGUGAGCGCCGAGCCGGCCCCAGCCUCCAGCUCGCUCCCCCGGGCCGCGGUGCAUGUUCGCCUCCUGCCACUGUGUGCCGAGAGGCAGGAGGACCAUGAAAAUGAUCCACUUUCGGAGCUCCAGCACCAAAUCACUCAGCCAGGAGAUGAAAUGCACCAUCCGGCUGCUGGACGACUCGGAGAUCUCCUGCCACAUCCAGAGGGAGACCAAAGGGCAGUUUCUUAUUGACCACAUCUGCAACUACUACAGCUUGCUGGAGAAGGACUACUUCGGCAUUCGUUACGUGGACCCAGAGAAGCAGCGGCACUGGCUUGAACCUAACAAGUCCAUCUUCAAGCAAAUGAAAUCUCAUCCACCAUACACCAUGUGCUUUAGAGUGAAAUUCUACCCACAUGAACCCCUGAAGAUUAAAGAAGAGCUCACAAGGUACCUUUUGUACCUGCAAAUUAAGAGAGAUAUUUUCCACGGUCGACUACUCUGCUCCUUCUCAGAUGCUGCCUACCUGGGUGCAUGCAUCAUUCAAGCUGAGCUCGGUGAUUACGAUCCUGAUGAGCAUCCUGAGAAUUACAUCAGUGAGUUUGAGAUUUUCCCUAAGCAGUCACAGAAGCUGGAAAGAAAAAUGGCAGAAAUCCAUAAAAGCGAACUCAGAGGCCAGAGCCCACCGGUUGCUGAAUUUAACUUACUCCUGAAGGCUCACACUUUGGAAACCUAUGGGGUGGAUCCUCACCCAUGCAAGGAUUCAACAGGCACAACAACAUUUUUGGGAUUCACUGCUGCAGGCUUUGUGGUAUUUCAGGGAAAUAAGAGAACCCAUUUGAUAAAAUGGCCAGAUGUCUGCAAAUUGAAGUUUGAAGGGAAGACAUUUUAUGUGAUUGGCACCCAGAAGGAGAAAAAAACCAUGUUGGCAUUCCAUACCUCAACACCAGCUGCCUGCAAACAUCUCUGGAAGUGUGGGGUGGAGAACCAGGCCUUUUAUAAGUAUGCCAAGUCCAGUCAGAUCAAGACUGUGUCCAGCAGCAAGAUAUUUUUUAAAGGAAGUAGAUUCCGAUACAGCGGCAAGGUUGCCAAAGAGGUGGUGGAGGCGAGUUCCAGAAUCCAGAGGGAGCCUCCGGAGGUGCACAGAACCAACAUUUCCCAGAGUCGCAGUUCCCACUCCUUGAACAAACAGCUCAUUAUUAACAUGGAGCCCCUGCAGCCCUUGCUGCCUUCCCCCAGCGAGCAGGAAGAGGACCUUCCCAUGGGUGAGGGUAUUCCUUUGCCAAAAGAAGAUGACAUUUCUGCCCCCUUGAUCUCCAGCUCACCGGUGAAAGAAGCCCGGGAGUAUGAAGACCCCCCAAGCGAAGAGGAAGAUAAAAUAAAAGAAGAGCCUUUGACUAUCUCUGAACUGUCAUAUAACCCCAGUGCAAGCCUGCUCCCCACCCCAGUUGAUGAUGAUGAGAUUGACAUGCUCUUUGACUGUCCAUCUAGGCAUGAGUUGGAAAGAGAAGACCUAGAUUCAUUUGAGGAACUGGAAGCAGAUGAAAAUGCCUUUUUGAUGGCUGAAGAAGAGGAGCUAAAGGAGGCUCACCGAGCUUUGUCAUGGAGCUAUGACAUUCUGACCGGCCAUAUUCGGGUGAACCCACUGGUCAAGAGUUUUUCCAGGCUCCUUGUGGUGGGCCUGGGGCUGCUGCUCUUUGUAUUCCCCCUGCUCCUCCUCCUUUUGGAGUCAGGUAUUGAUCUCUCCUUCUUAUGUGAAAUCCGCCAGACGCCAGAGUUUGAGCAGUUUCACUAUGAAUAUUACUGUCCUCUCAAGGAGUGGGUGGCUGGCAAAGUAAACCUCAUUCUCUAUAUGCUGGGUUGCUCAUAAAAUACAUAUCUCAUAUUACUAAGGGCUAUAUUCAAUAUUAGUGAUGUGUAUUUCUCAAGCAAAUGCCUGGUUCUGAAUGGUCAAGGAGCCGUCAACACGUGUUCCUUACUCAAAAUUAAUUAUUCAGACCUUUAAGUUAGCUUUCCAUAAUUCACUGCACUUAAUAAGUUUAAAUCAAACACAGUAAUUUCAGUUAUAGGUCAGGGAGUUGGCCUCUAAAUAACCCAAAAUGUUUAUUUUUAUUAUAUCACAGGCAGACUCUUUAUCUAUUAUAAUACAUAAUACAUUGAGCUGAAUUAGAUUU